CCCCGCCGCCAGCAGCCCUGCGUCGUCAACGGCGACCCCGGGGAGAGCACGGAAGGCAGCCUCAGAGAGGAGACCCUGUAUGAUACUAUCACGCCUCCCGCCGCCGCCGCCGGCCCCGGCCCCUGCUCCGCCGAGAAGCUGGCCUCUCCCCCGCCAGGGCGGAUGGACGAGCCGGCUCCCAACGCCCUGGUCGUGCGCAUCGGCAUCCCGGACCUCCAGCAAACGAAGUGUCUGCGGCUGAACCCCGAUGUCCCCAUCUGGACCUCCAAGCAGCGCAUCCUCUGCACCUUGAACCACAGCCUGAAGGACGUGCUCAACUAUGGCCUCUUCCAACCAGCCUUCAACGGCCGGGCGGGAAAGUUCCUGGACGAAGAGCGUCUGCUGAGGGAAUACCCCCUGAAUCCGGACACCCCAGUCCCUUAUCUGGAGUUCCGAUACAAGAGGCGAGUCUAUUCCCAGACCCUGCUGGACGACAAGCAGUUUGCCAAGCUGCACACGAAGGCAAAUCUGAAGAAGUUUAUGGACUAUGUGCAGACUCUGAAUGUGGAGAAGGUCAGCAGGCUGCUGGAGAAGGGACUGGACCCCAACUUCCACGACCCAGACACUGGAGAAUGCCCCCUGACCAUGAGUGCCCAGCUGGAGUUCUGUGCCGAGGUGAUCAAGGCCCUGAAGAACGGCGGCGCCCACUUGGACUUCCGAACCCGCGAGGGGAUGACGGCGCUGCACAAGGCCGUCCGAUGCCGGAACCACACUGCCCUGAGGACGCUGUUAGACCUGGGUGCCUCCACGGAUUACAAGGACAGCCGUGGAUUAACCCCUCUGUACCACAGUGCCAUGGUAGGAGGAGACCCGUACUGCUGUGAGUUACUCUUGCACGACUACGCCAAGGUGGGUUGCAUCGAUGAGAACGGCUGGCAAGAAAUCCACCAGGCCUGCCGCUACGGACACGUUCAGCAUCUGGAGCACCUCCUGUUCUACGGGGCUGACAUGACUGCGCAGAAUGCCUCCGGAAACACUGCCCUCCAUGUCUGCGCACUCUACAACCAGGAGAGCUGCGCCCGGGUUCUCCUCUUCCGGGGAGCCAGCAAGGAGAUACGGAACUACAACAGCCAGACAGCGUUUCAGGUGGCCAUCAUUGCGGGGAACUUUGAACUGGCCGAAAUCAUCAAAACCCACAAGGAGUCCGACGUUGUGCCUUUUAGAGAAACCCCGAGCUACACCAAGAGGAGACGGAUCGUCGGGGCGGCCGGCCUCUCCUCCCCGCGCCUGCUGCAGCGCUCGGCCAGCGACAACAACCUGAAGUCCGAGAGCCGCCCGCUCUCCUCGCCGGUGCCCUCGCUCCGCGGCCUGCCCCCGCAGCUGCUGGCCCAGAUGCGGGAGGCGGCCGUCGGGGCGGGGGAGGGCAGCCUCGUGAGCGCGGGCGGCCCCCGGAGCGCCCACAGCCGCUCCCCGUCGCUGCAGCGCGUGCGGGAGGAGAGGGAGGCCGACGCCCCCACCCUGCGGAGGAGCAGCCGCGCCAAGGCCAGCCCCAGCGGGAGCGGCAGCGGGCCCGGGGGGGCGCCGGGCGCCGGGCCGGGCGUGGAGCACACCCCGCACGCGGCGCCGGCCCCGCUGCGGGGGCCCAAGAAGAAGCUGUACAGCGCCGUGCCCGGCCGCAAGUUCAUCGCCGUCAAGAGCUACGCGCCGCAGGGCGAGGGCGAGAUCCAGCUCAACCGCGGAGAAGCCGUCAAGGUGCUCAGCAUUGGAGAAGGAGGAUUCUGGGAAGGAAGUGUGAAAGGACGAACAGGCUGGUUCCCGGCAGAAUGCGUCGAGGAAGUGCAGAUGAGACAGUUUGAUGCCCGGCCAGAGACAAGGGAAGACAGGACCAAGAGGCUCUUCCGACACUAUACCGUGGGCUCCUAUGACAACUUCACUUCUCACAGUGACUACAUCAUCGAAGAGAAGGCGGCCGCCCUGCAGAAGAGGGAGCAUGAAGGCUUUGGCUUUGUCCUGCGAGGGGCCAAAGCGGAAACUCCAAUUGAGGAGUUCACCCCCACGCCAGCUUUCCCGGCUCUCCAGUACCUGGAAUCGGUGGAUGUGGAGGGUGUGGCUUGGCGAGCGGGACUGCGCACAGGAGACUUCCUGAUUGAGGUGAACGGCGUGAACGUGGUGAAGGUGGGGCACAAGCAGGUGGUCUCGCUCAUCCGCCAGGGGGGGAACCACCUGGUGAUGAAAGUGGUCUCGGUCAGCCGCAAGCCAGAGUCUGAAGACGUGGUUCGGAAGAAAGCUCCGCCACCACCCAAGAGAGCUCCCAGCACCACCCUGACCCUGCGCUCCAAGUCCAUGACCGCCGAGCUGGAAGAGUUGGAGAAGCUGGAUGAGAUCUUGGCAGCAGCCGAGCCCUCGCUGAGAGCAGACAUUGUAGAAGCAGAUUCCCGGGCAGCCACAGUGAAGCAGCGACCGACCAGCCGGCGAAUCACUCCUGCGGAGAUCAGUUCCCUCUUCGAGCGGCAGGGGAUGGCAGCGCACGCCGGGCCAGAGAAGCCCCACGUUUCCCUCCGCAAAGGUCUCCCGCGGACCAAAUCUGUAGGCGAAGAUGAAAAAUUUGCGGCUUCCCUCAUGGAUGGAAAAUUCCCCCGGAGCACGUCGAUGCAAGACACUGUCCGAGAGGGGCAUGGCAUCCCACCCCCACCGCAAACCGCUCCUCCCCCUCCCCCCUCCCCCUACUAUUUUGACACGGGCCCACCCCCCUCCUUCUCCCCGCCCCCGCCCCCAGGAAGAGUCUACGACACCGUGCGGUCCAGCUUUAAGCCCAGCCUGGAGGCCAAGCUGCACGGGCUGCCCCCGGGGGUCAGUGUCGCCGAGAUGUACGACCAGGCAAGAGCGUCCAUCCCCUACCCCGAGCGGCAGAAGCGGGCCCGCUCCAUGAUCAUCCUGCAGGACUCCUCCCACGUCCCCGCGGAACCAGCCGACAUCCCCCGGCCCGGCCCCUCUGCCACCCCACCCGAGAAGCUGAAGAGGAAGGGGCGGGGGGUGGACAGCCCUUACGCCAACAUGGGCCAGUUCAAUGUCAGCCUCUUUGCCCCCACCAAGCCACAGAGGAAGAAGAGCCCGUUGGUGAAGCAGCUGCAGGUGGAAGAUGCGCAGGAGCGGGCGGCACUCUCCAUUGCGGGGGGCUUCCCCCGGGAGCCCUCCCCCACCCGGCGUGGCCACCGCCUGAGCGGAAUGGAGUUCCCGUCUCAGCAAGUGGACACUGCCAGCCUCCCCUUUGCCACCGCUGUCGCAGGGGCCAUGAAGGACCGUGAUCGCCGCCUGGACGAGAAGCGGAAAUCCACUGUCUUCCUUUCAGUGGGGGCCAUAGAAGGGAGCCCCCCCACCAUAGACAUGCCAUCACUGCAGCAGUCCCGGUCCAUCGACGAGCGCCUGCUGGGGAGCCGGGAUGUCCUCCUGCCUUCCCCCGUCUCAGCUUUAAAGCCAUUCCUCAGCAGCUCCUCCUCAACAUUCAUACACCCACUGACAGGGAAGCCCCUGGAUCCCAACUCCCCCCUGGCGCUGGCGCUGGCUGCGAGAGAGCGAGCCCUUUCCACCCAGGUCUCCUCCAGAGUGCCCACCCCCGUCCACAGCCCAGACUCGGACCGGGUGGCGCCCUUGUUCGUGGACAUCCAAACCAAAGACCAAGAGAGGGGGGAGCUCGAAGGCCGGGGGUCUCCUGCAUAUUCGCCAGGAGCCAAGACUUCCACUCCCAGCCCGCUGACUCCUACCCAGAGCCCCUGGGGGAUGCCCGCAAGUGCAAGAAAAGAGGGCGAGGCACGGACCGAGACGCCUGUGAGGGAGGAGGAGAAGAAGGCAGAGGACAAGAGGUCCAUGAUCCUCAGCAUCAUGGACACAUCGCAGCAGAAGACGGCUGGCCUCAUCAUGGUGCACGCAACAAGCAAUGGCCAAGACCUCGGCUUCGAGGUGCAGGAGGAGAAGGCCCCUGUCCCCGAGGCAGACCUGGAGACGGUGGAAGUGUCCAUGGUGGAGGCUCAGCCCAGUCCUGUGGGGAAGGCUCCCAUUAGCCCAGCCCUGGACAAGACUCUCGGACAAGGGAGUUCAGAGGAGGAGGUUGAGAUGUACACGGUUACUCUGCCGCCCGCUCAGCUAUCCUCAAGCGAUGAGGAGACCAGGGAGGAGCUGGCUAAGAUUGGCCUGGUACCUCCGCCGGACGAGUUUGCAAAUGGGGUAUUGGUCACCACCGCCGGCACACCUAUCAGCCAACUGGCCACUCCAGCCAUGGCCACGCCAUCUGUACCAGCGGCAGCAGUUGUACCUUCUACCACUGGUGGAACACCCUCAGGGAAGCCCUCUGAUGCCCCCACUGCCCCGGAGUCUGCUGCAGACUCCGGAGUGGAAGAGGUGGACACCAGAAGUUCAAGUGACCAUCACCUGGAGACCACGAGCACCAUCUCCACUGUCUCCAGCAUGUCCACACUGUCCUCCGAGAGCGGGGAGCCCACCGACACCUACACUUCCUUCGCGGACGGACACACUUUUGUACUCGAGAAGCCGCCAGUGCCUCCAAAGCCAAAACUCAAGUCCCAGACCAGCAAGGGGCCGGUUACCUUCAGGGACCCACUUUUGAAGCAGUCCUCGGACAGCGAGCUCAUCUCCCAGCAACACGCGGCCAUCCUGGCUUCCGCCAGCGUUGGCCGGCCACGCUACCUCUUUCAGCGAAGGUCCAAGCUGUGGGGGGACCCCCUGGACAGCAGGCCCAUCCACGGGGCUGAGGACGACAAGCCAACUGUGAUCAGCGAGCUGAGUUCCCGGCUGCAGCAGCUGAACAAGGACACGCGCUCCCUGGGGGAGGAACCUGCCGGUGGCAUGUUGGACCCUGGAAAGAAGCCCCCUGUGGUGGCAGCACGACUUUUCAGUAGUUUAGGAGAACUAAGCACCAUUUCCCAGCGCAGCUCCGGCACCACCUACACCGUGCGUCCUGGCAGCCGCUACCCUGUGACCCGCCGCACUCCCAGUCCGGUAAAGCCUGCCCUGGAUAGGACAGACCCGCUGAGCACCGUGCGGCCCUACGGGCUCACCCCGCCCACCAUCCUCAAAUCUUCCAGCCUCUCCAUCCCACACGAACCCAAGGAGGUGCGCUUCGUUGUGCGCAGCGUCAGUGCCCGGAGCCGCUCCCCAUCCCCGUCCCCAUCCCCGGGGCCCCCCCUGCAUACGCUCCACCCCCCCCGGCCCUUCAUGCAGAAGCCCCUCCAGCUCUGGAACAAGUACGAUGUGGGGGACUGGCUGGAGAGCAUUAACCUGGUGGAGCACCGAGACAAAUUUGAGGACAAUGAAAUCGAGGGCACCCACCUGCCCGCCCUGACCAAGGAGGACUUUGUGGAGUUGGGGGUGACGCGGGUGGGGCACCGCAUGAACAUUGAGCGGGCACUCAAACAGCUGGCAGACAGCUGACCGUCCUGGCAGCCCGGGCUCCUCUCCCGGGGCCACGUCACUCAGGGGCAGGCGGGGGCAUUUCUGCUAGGCCAGUAGACAGGAACCCACCAGAGCCUCUUCCUGUCCUGCUCUGACUGCUGCACUGAAGGGUGG